CCGCGAAGGAGUUCUCGCGACUUGCGAGAAGACACGUGCGCGGAAGGAGCAAGCAGUAGUGGGCGACAGAUCUGGCGAAAGGGAACUAGUGGUUUAGGUAGCAAUCGCCAUCAUGCUCAAAGCUGUGAUCCUGAUUGGAGGCCCUCAAAAGGGGACUCGCUUCAGGCCUUUGUCAUUUGAGGUUCCCAAACCACUGUUUCCUGUGGCGGGGGUCCCUAUGAUCCAGCACCACAUUGAGGCUUGUGCCCAGGUCCCUGGGAUGCAGGAGAUUCUGCUCAUUGGCUUCUACCAACCUGAUGAGCCCCUUACUCGGUUCCUAGAAGCUGCCCAACAGGAGUUUAACCUUCCGAUCAGGUACCUGCAAGAAUUUGUCCCCCUGGGCACAGGGGGUGGUCUCUACCAUUUCCGGGACCAAAUUCUGGCUGGAGGCCCCGAAGCCUUCUUCGUGCUCAACGCUGACGUCUGCUCUGACUUCCCCUUGAGCACUAUGUUGGAUGUCCACAGACACCAGCCUCACCCUUUCUUGCUCCUUGGCACCACGGCUAACAGGACACAAUCCCUCAACUACGGCUGCAUUGUAGAGAAUCCACAGACGCAUGAGGUCCUGCACUAUGUGGAGAAACCCAGCACUUUUGUCAGUGACAUCAUCAACUGUGGCAUCUAUCUCUUUUCCCCGGAAGCCCUGAAGCCCCUUCGGGAUGUCUUCCAGCGUAAUCAGCAGGAUGGGCAACUGGAGGACUCGUCAGGCUUGUGGCCUGGGGCAGGUACCAUCCGCCUGGAGCAGGAUGUGUUCUCCGCCCUGGCCGGGCAGGGCCAGAUCUAUGUGCACCUCACUGAUGGUAUCUGGAGUCAGAUCAAGUCUGCAGGCUCAGCCCUCUAUGCCUCCCGCCUCUAUCUGAGCCAGUACCAGCUCACUCACCCAGAACGCCUGGCCAAGCACACCCCAGAGGGUCCACGGAUUCGAGGAAACGUUUACAUCCACCCAACAGCUAAGGUGGCCCCAUCUGCUGUGCUGGGCCCCAACGUCUCCAUCGGGGAGGGGGUGACCAUAGGCGAGGGUGUGCGGCUCCGAGAGAGCAUUGUCCUCCACGGAGCCACACUGCAGGAACACACGUGUGUCCUGCACAGCAUCGUGGGCUGGGGGAGCACCGUGGGGCGCUGGGCCCGCGUGGAGGGUACCCCCAGUGACCCCAAUCCCAACGACCCCCGAGCCCACAUGGACAGUGAGAGCCUGUUCAAGGAUGGGAAGCUGCUCCCUGCCAUCACCAUCCUAGGCUGCCGCGUCCGGAUCCCUGCCGAGGUGCUCAUACUGAACUCGAUUGUUCUGCCACACAAGGAGCUGAGCCGCAGCUUCACCAACCAGAUCAUCCUCUGAGGGGGGCUGCCUGAAGUUCCCCCCAACUCUGAUCCGCUCCCCUUGAGGCUCCUGCCUGCAUGGCCAGCCUCUGUCCAGGAGGGACCGGAGGAAGCCAGCCAGGCUCUUCCUGCGCGCACGCGCACACGGGGAGCAACGUGGGUGGCCGAGGGACUGGUGGCCUCCCUCUCCACUCCCUAAUAAACCCGGGUGAACCUUGGA